AUGAUUCUUUAUUGUUCCAAUGAUAUUAGAUCAUUAAACAUUUCAAGUGAUAUGCCUAGCUCAGUUUUAACAUCUUUAUUAUUAGAAAAACCUGAAAUUAUCAUUGCUACUCCAGGUAAAUUAAUGACGUUACUUGAUACAAAUGUUGAAUCGGUAUCAUUAGAAGAAUUGAAGUUUUUAGUAAUCGAUGAAGUCGAUUUGGUUUUAACAUUUGGCUAUAAGGAAGAUUUAUCUAAGAUUGCCGAAUAUUUGCCCUUAAAGAAAAACUUGCAAACCUUUUUAAUGAGUGCUACAUUAAAUGAUGAUAUACAAGAGUUAAAGAAAGAAUUCUGCCGUGCUCCUGCAAUUUUAAAAUUUAACGAUGAUGAAAUUAGUAAAGAUAAAAAUAAGUUAAUUCAAUACUAUGUUAAAACUAGCGAAUUUGAUAAGUUCCUAUUAUGCUAUGUGAUCUUUAAGUUAGGUUUAAUCAAGGGUAAAACUUUAAUCUUUGUUAAUAACAUAGACAGAGGAUAUAGAUUGAAAUUAGUCCUUGAACAAUUCGGUAUUAAAUCAUGUAUUUUAAACAGUGAAUUACCAGCAAACUCCAGACAACAUAUAGUUGACCAAUUCAAUAAAAAUGUUUAUCAUUUAUUAAUAGCCACUGAUGAUACAGAAUACAUCAAGGAAGAAGAUGAAGAGAAUGAUGAUGAAAUAGAGACUAAUUCAGAGGAACAGGAUAAAGUCGAGGACUCGAAUGAUACUAAAGAUAAAAAGGGAAAGAAAGCCUCUAAGAUAAAGAAGGAUAAAGAAUUUGGUGUUUCAAGGGGUGUUGAUUUCCAAAAUGUUGCUUGUGUAUUAAACUUCGAUCUACCAACUACCGCAAAGUCUUAUGUUCACAGGAUAGGUAGAACAGCAAGAGCAGGUAAAACCGGUACUGCUAUUUCAUUUGUUGUUCCAUUGAAAGAAUUUGGUAAACAUAAGCCAUCUAUGUAUCAAAGUACUAAGAGAGAUGAAAAAAUAUUAUCCCGUAUUAUUAAACAGCAAAGUAAAUUGGGAUUAGAACUUCAACCAUACUCUUUUGAUACUAAACAAAUUGAAGGUUUCCGUUAUAGAAUGGAAGAUGGUUUCCGUGCAGUUACACAAGUUGCGAUCAGAGAAGCUAGGGUUAAGGAAUUGAAAGAUGAAUUACUAGCAAGUGAAAAGUUGAAGAGACAUUUUGAAGAAAAUCCACAAGAAUUACAAAGUUUGAGACAUGAUAAGGAAUUACAUCCAUCUAGAGUUCAACAACAUUUGAAGAGAGUUCCAGAUUACUUACUACCAGCUGAAGCUAGAGAAGGUAAGAAGAAGGUAGGAUUCGUUCCUUUCCACAGUGUCAAAAAAUCAAAUCGUCACAAGAAGAAUAAUAAAGUCUUCAAAAAAAGAAGUGGUUCAAAGUCUGAUCCAUUGAAAAACUUCAAAUAG